UUGUGACUGAGAAUAUUGAUAUAUCAUUUACUUAGAUCUAGCCUUACUGUAACUACAUUACGAAUUUUGUAGGAUAAGCUGCUCCAAACAAUUGAAAUGCAGAGGCAAGGCUUCCUAUUCAAUCCAACACAAGGAGCUUCCCCCCGGUCAAAACAAUCAGCAAGGCAGCAUGAAGCGAGUAGCGGUGAAUUUGGACCGAUCGGCGGUGCUCCAAGGUUCCAGAAGCUUUCUACUCGUACAAAAGAUCCAGAACCUUUACUUUUGGCACAGGAAACAAAGAGUCGGCAUCAUGAGGAUCAAGAGCACAGAGAACCAAGGACGGCAGAAAGGCUUACGACCCUACAUUCACAAUUAUAUCAACAAACUGAGAAGCUGAGACAGUGGAAAAUCAAUACAGAGAUACAAAUCAGCGACAAAGACAGGAAAAUUACAGAAGCAUCCAAAACAAUAGAUUCCCUUAGAAAGUCUAUUCUUGAACUGCAGCUCUUAAACGAAAGUGUAAGUUCAAAGCUACAGAAUGAGAAGGCCCUCCAAGAGGAGACAAGUCAAAAGAUCUCGACAACACGUAACAUGUGCAAUGCCUUAAAAGAGCACUUGGUAAGACUAGAGAAUGGUGUGUUGACUGGUGAACAAAUGCUUGGUGUUCAGAGAGAUGAUGCAAAGCAAAGAGCUACAGAUUUUCAAGACCUUGCGCUACGAUUUGAAGAGCUUCAGAUAAAGGUGACUGGCAAAGAACAUGAGAUGGAGCAGGCCCUGAUCCGAAACAAAAUUGAGCACAAAGAAGUAAUCGAGCGCCUAGGAAAUGAGCUUAGUGAUAUCGAAGAACGCUACAAAGACCUUGCUAAAAAGAACACAAACAGCGAAAAUGAACUGAAACAGAAAAACGAAGAAAUUGAACAAGCCAGAGAGGAGAUCAAUAGAAUAAGGACAGAGUGUUCAUUUUGUCAGAGUCAAGUAGAGGACACAAGUAAUGCCUUGAAAGAAGUCGAGAUGUUGCUGAAAAAUGAAAAGAAGGAACAAGAGAGAGCAAUGCAGGAGUAUCAACAACUGGAGGGGCAGUAUAAGGCUGAGAUACUUGCUUUACAAAACUCUUGUUCAGAAAAAGAUAAUGAACUAAGGCUACAAACAAGUAAUUUGCUUGGCAAAAAAGAAGAGCUCAAAGAGUCGAAAUCAACAGUCAGUAGUCUUAAUGAAGCGCUCCUGAGAAAAAAUCUGGAGAUAGAAGAUUUGCUGGGACAAUUAAAAGAAGCUAGCGAAAAAAAUUCUGAAAUGAAGUAUGAAGUGAGCAGUCUAGCUGAAAAGUUGCAAAAUUUACAGCAAAUUCUAAACGAUGUAGAUUCUUCAUUGAAGACGACUAAAGAAGAAGAGGAAAAGAUGAGGAUAUUAUUAGAAAACGAGAAAACAAGAAAUUUACACGAUUCAUAA